AAUGAUUACAAACACUUCGAGAAUAUUAUUUUUAAUAUUUUACAUUUGUGUAAAUUUGACCAUCGCCACUGAAAUAUCUGGAUUUUUUACAUCGAAUGCAACCAGUAAUGUACCAAGAAUUGGUCGAAGUGGUAAAACAGAUUUUGAAAAUUUCUUUUUGAAAGCAUCUAAAUCUGUACCACGUAUUGGACGACAAACUGAAAAUGAGAAUUUUGAUAAUAUGUACUUCAGAUGGAUGAAACAAAAUGGAUUGUUACCCAGAUACGCAAAACGAAUGGAAUAUCCAAACCGAGAGUAUGACGAUAUCGCAGAAGUUGCUGAACAUAAUCCACAAAUAAUGUUAUCUCCUCAAGCUGUUGCUGAAAUGAUACAAUUAUAUCAUAAGCAAUUCGAUGAUACUGCAGAUUCUGAUUGGGAAAAUACCCGUUUUAAACGUGAUGGUAGUGCCAAUUAAUAUAUUCUGAAUAAUAUGUUUAGUUAUAUAUAUAUUUUUUGGAAGAACUUUAGUUUACAUUCUUUCUACGACAAAAGGCAAAUUUAAUAUCCAACACAUAAUGUUAUUA